GAAUUCUGGAAUGCUGGCAGCCGUUGUUUACAUGUGACGGGUGUUGUGCAUUGCGUAUUUCUACGUGCUAGUUGUGUGGGAUGCUUGUGUACAGUAGCCGUUGAUCUCACUUGCAUAACUUGUACGAAAAUCAGUGUCAUGGCAAAUACAUCUAGAAAUUACGUGCGAGAUGAUAUCAUGAAUAGUAUUUUGUCGCCCGGUAUAACACCUUGCCCUUCCGGGAACCAACCUGGCCGCAGCGGGAAAUGGUACAGAAAAGCAGAACACAGGAUAUUCGUGAAUCGGAGUCUCCAUUUGGAGAACAUAAAGUUCUAUGGAUUUGACAUGGAUUAUACGUUGGCUGAGUACAAAUCUCCACAGUAUGAGAGAUUAGGAUUUAAUUUAGUAAAAGAACGGCUUGUCUCUCUUGGAUAUCCUCAAGAAAUACGAGAGUUUGUCUAUGAUCCAUCUUUCCCCAUAAGAGGACUUUGGUUUGAUACACUUUAUGGGAAUCUUCUAAAAGUUGAUGCAUAUGGGAACAUAUUGGUUUGUGUUCAUGGAUUUAAUUUCCUGAAACAUUCCCAGGUGUAUGAACUCUAUCCAAAUAAAUUCCUUCAACUGGAUGAAUCUCGUGUGUAUGUACUCAACACAUUGUUUAAUCUUCCUGAAACGUAUUUGCUGGCAUGCCUAAUUGAUUUUUUCACAAAUUCACCACAGUACACAAGUGAGACAACUGGUGUGAAGGCGGGUGAUCUGUUCAUGUCCUACAAAUCAAUGUUCCAAGAUAUUCGUAAUGCAGUUGAUUGGGUGCAUUUACAGGGAGAUUUAAAAUCUGAGACUAUUAAAAACUUAGAUGAAUACGUGAAAAAAGAUGAAAGGCUGCCCAUGUUCCUCACAAGGAUACGAGAGAGUGGAGCAAAAGUGUUCCUUCUCACUAACAGUGACUACUGUUUUACAGACAAGAUAAUGAAACAUCUGUUUGAUUUCCCUCAUGGAGCAAGACCAGACGAACCCCACAGAGACUGGAAGACCUAUUUUGACACCAUAGUGGUAGAUGCCCGAAAACCUUUAUUUUUUGGAGAAGGCACAAUUCUUCGACAGGUGGACACUGUCACUGGAGCCCUGAAGAUAGGCUCCCAUGUGGGGCCUCUGCAGCAGGGACAAGUUUAUUCUGGAGGCAACUGUGAUGUGUUCACAGAACUUCUUGGUGCAAAAGGCAAAGAUGUGCUAUACAUAGGAGAUCACAUAUUUGGUGAUAUUCUGAAGUCAAAAAAGAUUCGCGGUUGGCGAACAUUUCUUAUUGUUCCAGAAUUAGUCCAGGAACUCCAUGUAUGGACGGACAAAUGUCAGCUUUUUGCUGAACUGCAGGCACUAGAUGUUAUGCUAGGAGAAAUGUACAAGAAUCUAGACAGCAGUACAAAAGAGAAACCAGAUAUAUCAAAAAUACGGCUUGCUAUUCGAGAUGUAACACAUAAGAUGGACCUGGCUUAUGGAAUGAUGGGCAGCGUUUUUCGCAGUGGAUCAAGACAGACUUUUUUCUCUUCUCAAGUUGUGCGAUAUGCUGAUUUGUAUGCAGCUACUUUCCUCAACCUUAUCUACUACCCUUUCAGUUACAUGUUCCGAGCACCAGCAAUGUUGAUGCCCCAUGAAUCAACAGUUGCACACGAACAAAGAUUCGUAAUGGAGAGUCCCAUGAUUUCUCGUUCUCGAACUUUCUCUGUAAUUGAGGAUGAAGAAAACUCAGAAAAGCAUCAGAAGUUUAUGGAACGGCCGCAAGGACAGUUACCACAUCCAAGGCCAGAAACUCCUCGAAGUGUAACACACAAUCAUGAUGAAGACUACUCAGAUGAGGAAACUGACAGCAAGUCAUCAGAAGAAAAGGCUGGUUGAAAGUCGUAUUUUGAGGCUGAUUUUUUUAAAGGCAUGCUCAAACAUGUGGCUACCAUCUCACUGAAGACACUGAGUUUGAUAUGUACUGACAUUAAAAGAACAGACUCUGACUCAGUGUUGAACUGUGGUAGCUAAUUGUGCAUAUGAGUUUAUAUUAAGGGAAUGUGAAUGACAGAUUUGUCUGUUUAAAUGGUGCUGAAUGUAAAUGACUGAAAUAUCUGACUUCAAAUACAUGAUGAGUAAGAGAUUUAAAACUUAGUGCCCAUAAACGUUUUUAUUAAUUCAUAUAUGUUUUCAUAUCUCAGACUUGAGUUGAAAUUUAAAGCAUUUUCCUGAAACCCAAGUCAUUCCUUACAUUUCAUUUGACACUUUCUAUUUGUUUUUGAUACAUAUAAUGCAAAAGAAAUAGAUAUUUGUAAAUUGGCAUAUAGGUUAAUUAAACGCAUAAAUAUUCAGUAUGAACAGCAAAUAUGUUAAACUGCAAUAAAUUGGGAUUCCGUUACUUUCACAUAGUUUAUUGCAUUUAUUUUCAAAGAGCAGUAUCUGCUGCUAAACAUAGCUUAUGAAGAAAGUUACUUCUUUCUUCAAGUGAAUGCUAUAGGGAAAAACCUUUUGUUUUCUUUGCAUUCCUGAAUGUGAUUCCACCGCAUCAUUUUGGGGUUGACUGUGUUACUGCCAAAUUACAGCUUUAAUAUUUGCAUAGAUUUAUUUGUUUGCAUUAAGUCAUCACUACUGUUUUCUUUUAUGUUUUUAAUUAACUGGAGCACAAUAAAGAACAUAUAUUCUGUA